GCACGGGAAACGAGGAAGAAGAACAAGCGAAGUGGUGCGAAGCGGACGCUCCGCAAGACCUCUCCAGCCCCCAGGACGAACCCUCACGACGGAGGCAGCGCCGCCGGUGACGGUCGCUCGGCCGGGUGGCCGCUCCGCGGCUGGUCCCGAGACGACCGGCGCCGCGGGUGGCCCUUGGCCGACGCAACUCGAAAAUUCGACCUCAGUCAUGUGCAUCGUGAUGACCCUCGUAGUAAUGUUCGCCCUGGUCGUGCUGCUCCAGACGCGCAUGAUCGACAACGCGUCCUUCCGCGACCUCAUGGUCCUGCGCGGCGUCACCGCGGGGCGCAAGCGCACCGGCAAGUUCGACCUGCUCGAGCCGGACCCCGGCGAAGAGGGCGUCUCGAAGCCCGUCAACGCCACCGCCACUGCUGUCGCUGCUGCUGCUGCUGCUUCCGCUGCUGGGCCUGCCAGGAAGGCGGCCGCGAGACGGCGACCGCCGUCCGGAAGCUACCUUCCCAAGCGGGUGUUUGACAACGAGGAGGUAGUUGCCAAGGACGCCGCCAUCGAAAUUGUCUCCGAAUACGCCGAUCUCCCAUCCACGCUGUUGCCCGAGAGUGCGUUGAGCCGCACGGCACGAUCCAUCUGCAUGGUUCAUGGUAGCCGAAGCGGCAGCAACAGGCGUACCCACCCGCGGACCUGCAACUGGACAGAACUGCAGCCGAGCGACCUACCAACGCACCUGUGCACAGACAUCGUGUACUGCUGCUUCGGCCUUGACCAGUUCUUCAACGUGACCACGACGCCAGAGACGCUGCGUCUCGUACGAAACCUGCCACGAAAAACGGAGGUCACCCGAUUCUGGCUUGCCGUUGGCGAUGGCGAAGCCUCCAACGGCAAGUUCUCGGUGGCUUGCCGCGACGAAAAAUCGGCCCUCACACUCGCCAUGAACAUCCUCAGCUGGCUGAAGGCACAUGACUUCGGCGGCGUCUUCCUGUACUGGACGUACCCGUCUCUGCAGGAGACCCAGCUGCACGUCAAGCUGCUGAAGCUGAUGAAAGAGCUGUACAAGCUGACGGGCAAAUUGGUCGGCGCAGUCGUACCGUACGAGCAGCAGUUGCGAGAGCACUUUGAUAUGCCGGCCUUGGUUGCUCUUCUCGCCCCGUACAGCAUCCUCGUGACGCCACCAGUGACGGCCGCCCAGCAGCCUUCGUUUGCGAGGACCUUCGCGCCAUUCAAGGUGGACUUUCUAUACAAGUACAACCGCAUCCUCUGGGAGACCAAGGACAACAUCCUUCGCAAGGACGGCAGGUACCAUCUCUGCUACAUGACGUCCCUUGCCGGCUGGUCCUUCACCAUGGCUCGUACUACAAACAGAAGCGACGCCGGAAAUAUGGCUCUGGGUCCCGGAAAGGCGUUUCCUGGAUCGGGACAAGCUGGCCGCCUGGCGUUCGAUGACGUGUGCAAGGCCACGUACGAAAUCGAAGAUGACACCAAGUACAGCGUGGUUGCGAUCAGUGGUAGGGACUUUGUGGCCUACAUGAAUCCCAGGAUGUACCGGAAGGUGCUGUAUGCCCUUGCAAACGCUACAAAACAUGGCGGCUGCUUCGGCAUUUGGGACAUGAACUGGGACGACUACUGCGGUUUCUGCGGUUUGGGCAAGUUCCCUUUCAGCGGCGUCCUUUACAACGCCCUGUUCGAAUCCGGCCGGGUGAAAUAAAAGAACCCAGCU